GUCAUAUGAAAGAAAGAUCCAGAGUGUGAAGGAGAAAUGGGAGCCGUCCGUCGAUGAGGUUAUCGGGAAGAUCAACGAUGCCUUCGGCUAUAACUUCGAACAGAUCAACUGUGCAGGCGAAGUUGGAAUCCACAAGGACGAGGAUUUCGAGCAGUGGUCUAUCGAGAUCAAGGUCAAGUUCCGCGAGAACGAAACCCUCCAGCAACUAAACCAACAUCGUCAAUCUGGUGGCGAGCGUGCUGUAUCUACCAUCUUUUAUCUGAUGGCUCUGCAAUCCAUGGCACAAGCACCCUUCCGUGUCGUCGACGAAAUCAAUCAGGGUAUGGACCCACGCAACGAGCGCAUGGUGCACGAACGCAUGGUGGAGAUCGCCUGCCGCGAGCACACCUCUCAAUACUUCCUCAUCACGCCCAAGCUCCUCACGGGCCUGCGAUACGACGAGCGCAUGCGCGUUCUGUGCAUCGCGUCCGGUGAGCAUAUGCCUGCCGCCGAGGACGCUAAUAAGCUAGACUUCGGCAACUUGGUCAAAAUCCAGCAAGGCCUCGUCGCUUCGGCGGCAUAGUAGGCGAGAACACCCGUUGUCAAACUGGACCUCCUUCAGUUUACAUUAUCGAGUGCUGGCUCUUGCGCCUACGAUUUACGUCUGUAUGAAGGGAAAGGCUAGAGCAUCGCUGGUAUGCUAGGAGUUAUGGAUGUGCGCAUAGAUGGUUCGUAAUUUGCUUGCUCGGGGAGUCUAAUGGAGGAAAAUCAAAAAGGAGGAAAGACAUAGACAUAUGUGCACACGGUACAUACAUGUAGGAGUAGACUAUCCGGCUUUGUAGGUAGUGGUGAAUUGAC